UUUUCCAAGGUUUAACGUUGAAACUUUGGCAUUCAGCUCGGGGGACCAUUUAUGAACUGUCUAGUCUAGUCUCGUUCGUGUCGUUUGGCCCGUCAGUGCGCCACAGUUGGUUCUCCAAACGUGCCACCCGCUCAGUCUGUGAUUCGCACACCCGCGACGUAGCGGGGAAACAUUGCUGGAAAGUCUGGACAAAGUUGCUUGGAUACAGGCGGAACUCGUCAACCCUCUGUCUACAAAUCAGCGAAAAUUAGACGCAAUUUGGGAAGGACUCAGUUAUCAGAACUUCGCAGUCCAAUCGGACGUUAUUUUUGUGGGGUUGAAACCCAAACCUCACGAUGAGCGUGCAGAGCCAGCGAACUGGCGCAUGCAAGAGCGACAUCGACCCGAUCGGUGUUUCACCCGGCCCGGCCAGCGACGAGUCUGCCAUGACUCAGACGCUUAAUACCGGCGGAGAAGCCUCUUCGACCUCGGGCGCCGCUGCAGACUGCAGUAUGGCCACCGAUAGUGGAGGAGGGGAGGAUUCUCCCAGAGACUACAAUAAGCGUAAAUACCACGCCAGUAAAAUGGAUCUCAACCUGAAGAUCCUUCGAGAUCAAAUGGCGAACCUAACGUCUUCUGGCAGCUCGCUGUCCCGUCAGUUGGCAUCCAUGCAUCGUAACAUUCAGGAGAUAAAGGAUGACGAUGACGGUGAGGAAGCCGACUCUGAGUAUGAGUCUGAUGACGAGCAGAAACCAGGCAACAUCAGGGACGCUGUAGACACUGAGGACGAUGUCAACAAGAUGAGCGACUUGGAGAAAGACUACAGCGAGCCCAAGCUGAAAAGAUCGGUGUCUACCUCCAGCCGAAGCAAGAAAUCAAAGACCGGGUUGCGAGACCCCAUCGCCAACGAGGCGACCGAUGGAAGUCAGGCAAGGCGGAACGGAAGCUGGUCCAACAGCCGCCAGGAAUCUGUCGAGUCUUAUCCUGACUCAGACAGCGAGUGCAGCCAAUGUCUGUGUUGCAACUCCAUGGCUUCUUACAGUAGCACCCCAUGGAGGUACAUAAGCCGAGGAGAGGGUUCCACCAUGGAUGAGGAGAGUGACAGCUCGGAAUACUUCUCAGACGAUUCUGAGUACUCCACCACGACCUCCAACAUGCCCUCCGUUGACAUCCACAAACGUCUCAGCCCCUUCUACUGCCCAAGCGAUCAAGCGGAAACUGGGUCGCGAGGUGACAGUGAGGAGGGGCGAUUUGAUGAUGCCGACCACGAACCGGUUGUUGAUCAUCGCAUGAGCCCGUUGGGCUGCGAAAGUCCACGGAAAAGUAGUUCUCAACCAGACCUGCCGAGCAUGUCCCAUAAAUCUGACACAAUGGUUGUUGAAUCAGACAAACCCAAACCUGAAGAGAAAGUAGAAGAGGCAACAGGAAGUCAGGAAGAUGAGAAAGCAGUCAAAGCAUCUUCCCUGAUCGGACUGUUUAAAGCACAGGAAUCUAAGGCCAAGGAGGAAGAAAAGGCCUCAGUGGCUAAGGCCAAACGAGUCGAAGAGCUUCGCCGCAAGAACUCGGAGAUCCGUAUCAAAAACGAGCAAAAACGGAGAGCUGAGCUUGAAGAAAAGCUGAAGAAUAAAGCUAAGGUUGACACGGUCUCACCGAAAACAUCGCCUCUCGUGUCGGAGAAUGACGACAGUGAAAAGGUGAACGUCAAAGAUAGGAUUAGCAGUUUCGAAGGUCAAAAGAAGACCAAAGACAAAGAGAAAACUGAAGAGGCCGGAAAGAAGGAAUCCAAAAAAUCGGAAAAUGUAGAAAAGGGGACGAAUACAGACCCAGAUUCCGUACAGCAAAUGCCAGACGUGAUACCUGACGUCACAGACGAAAAAAUCAGCCAGGAACUCACAGAAGCCCAGGGUGAUCACGACCAACAUAAGUCUCACAAAUCCAAACACCACAAGAUUGCUAAAACGACGAUUGAAAUCCCCGUCUCGUGCCUACCCGAGGAAAUCACCAAUCCGGAGCCCGGAAUGACCUCCGACCAGCCCACCAUGAUGACUUUCCAGGUGAAAGCAGGAGAUGUGGAAGCCAUGAAAGGUCCUAUUCUUGUAUCCCGAAGUCCCAAGCCCAAGAGAAAGAUGUCAAAGACCGUCGUCAGGUUAUCCUCAACUGACGCUUCACCGUCCAGCAUAUCGGAGUCGACGCUAGUACCGGACACCAACACGGUGCGCGCGGCCUCCAACAAGCCGUCUGGCCACUCGCACGGUGUCUGCCCGCACUGCAAGAAGAGCAAACCAGGUGAGUCUAAGAGGGUCGUGAAGGUUCUCCAGCUCCAGCCGGUACCGGAGAGUCCAGAACUGCCGCCGAUACCGGACACGAAUCUUGCCGGGAAUUCCGCACAAGUCUUCCAGCAGCAGCCAGGCGGCCGCGUCAUCAAGAUGAUACCGAGCAAGAGGCCCAACGUGUUGCAGAGGCAACAGUCAAGCGAGGACGGGGUCGUCUUUCGCUUCAACAUGGGGAUGCCGGAGAACGCGCCCCUCCAAGUCGGCGAUUUCAUCCGCAUCCCUAUACAACCCCAGCAGCAGUACCCACCGCAGCAGGUCACGCACGUCCAACAUGCAGGCGGUGGUGGAGGUCUGGUCAUCCGCACGGGAGGUCCACCCAGACGGCAUCAAGAGGUGAUCACUUUCCGCCAGUCCUCUUCCCGCCCCACCGGCGACAUCCGAGUCCAGCAAGGUCAGAAUCCGACGUCCGGUGUGACUGUCCAUACCAGCCAGCCAGGAGUUAGAGUGAUGCCUAGCGAAGGAGGAGGCGUGAGGCUCGUGUUUGGAUCUUAACUUUCAUCAGCAUCAGUAUGGUGAGAAAAGGUUUCCCCUGGUUACUCAAAGGUUUGCUUUUCACUUCGCAGAUAGUGAUAUAACUAUUCGGUAGUUGAACACCAGAAGUCAUACCUUUUAGUUAAAGCAUAUUUUUCAUAUCGGUGGCCACAAGUUUUUUUACUAAAGCCCACCACUAAACUGCAAAUGUCUGGAAAACCUUUACACAAAGUAAAUGAUAGAAAAAAUAAAAGGGUACAGAAUCAGAUCACGUCAGACUAUAACUUUACGUGACUGCUGAGACUCAGCUGAUCGUUAAUUGUUCAGAGACAUUUAGCUCAAAGAGGACUACUGGUACUCAUUGUGAACGAUGAAGCCAGUGCGCCAAGUUGAGAAAAACAAUACCGUUUAUGAAAGGAACGCUAAAGAAGAUAAGUAAGGGAUUUUCGACUGGUUUUUUUUAUUUAUUGUACUUUUUCAUUUCAAGGAUUUUUAAAGUUUGUGUAAAUAAGAUAAAGAGUGUCUUUCAAUGUUUGAAUUUGAAAUCAAGAUUCCGCGGUGUGGGUAUGAUAAUGCUGAAUUUCGCGAUAUACUGCAUGUAGUUAGUCAGCUUUGCAAGUUUUGUACAUGUAGUUUAGAGCAAUUUCAAUCUGAACACGAUGUUUGCUUAAAUUUCGGGAAGAGGUGGUCAAAGAAAGGGCACAAGUAAGGCAUCUUGAGAUUGAUGAACCAAAAUGAUCACGAAAUUGGCGAUCAAACUGUAAAAAUCGUCAAUAAUGAAAUAAACACCAUGUGACAUGACAUGUACAGUGAACCAGCCAUUGGAGAUAUAGACGCCACGUGAACACCAUGAACAGUUUAACAUUGCGCUGCUCCACGUGUAGUUCAUUAAUUCAAAUGAAAACGUGCGUCUUCCAUUUGUAGUCAGUGCCUUAAUGUCUGGAAACAUCUUACUUUUAUAUCGGAAUUCUUAGUAUCACUAGGAGAUCGUCAGUCUAUUAACCAUUUUCACACAACAGAUGAAAAGUGUGACCUGAAAUGGAAAUCGGGGGAAAGCAACAUGGAAUUCGAAAACACGCGUGCGCAAACAACGUAUUAAUAGAACUUUUAGUUAUCACCAUGGAUCGCUCGUUUCAUGUGGUCAUAGAAACUUCAGAACUUUCAUGGUUGUGCAUCUACAAGUGAGCAUCAUUCCAUCGACAUCGUGAAAAUUUUGGAGAUUUCACAUAAACUGUUUCAGAACAAUAAUUGUGGCACGGUUGUCACCGUGGGUGGAUAGCGAAUGAUGUGUUUUUCCGAGUUGCACUUUUCACGGCUGUGUACGGAAUCUUGCAAUUGAGUGCCUCACGCCUUCUGUUAUUAAUGAGCUACGGUUCCCGGUGAUAUCAAUUUUGGGUCAUGCUCUCGCCUGGGACAAUGCAGGCGCAGUGACAUUUGGAAAGCUAACGAUCACAUACCGAGCCGAAGUGCCUGGCUAAUUCUCUGAUCUUUGCACGGACCCUCACCCUCACACGCACGACGUGCAUUGCACGCACCUGGCCGGCCAGGUGCGUACAUGUUUAGUGAAUGUCACCUCUGACGUGCUAAUUUGUAUCGCAUUCCAACGGAGUAAUAUGGUUUUAAAUGUUGAAAUUUUAUGAUCAGUUACGGACAAAAACGUAUCCAAAAAUAUAGAAUCAACUUCUGGCAGUGGCGAUGCCAAGGGGGGAGGGGACUGCGACUGCCCCCCGAGACAUUUGCUCCCCCCCCCCCGAAAAGAGAGGGAGCUCUCCAAGCCAUCUGUAGUGCGUUCAUAAUGCGUUACUUUAGGGUGCAUGGACAUAUAUCUAUUUCACAAUGAAUUUCUUUAGGAGCCGUCCAUUAUUCAAAUUUAGUGGCGUAGCUUGGGGACAACUGCCCCCCUUGGGGAACCCCCCCCCCCCGAGCCAAGCGAACCACCGACCUCAGGUGUUGUUUAAUAGUCGGGCAAAAAAGUGUACUUAUUUGUCAUGGAUAUUUGAUGGUCUGGUGGUGCUUGAUAAAGUUUUGAACGACAUUAAAACAUUAAAGAAUUCAUCGGUGGCGUUGGUGAACUUGAAGUACAUGUACCAGACGAUAUUUCGUUAUGCACGCAGUGCAAUGGACAUAUUCGAGUAGGCUUGGAUGUCUCUUGAUAAACAGACAUGCACAGCAGAUAUAAGGGGAAACAUUUGAUCGAAGAUUUAUCGCAUGAGACAUGAAAUGUUCUUUUUGAUAGUAAGUGGCUAAGGAAUUAUGAAGAUAAACUGCUUUGUUAUUGACAGCUACAUCUUGAUAACUGAGGGCUUGAUGUAUCAGACGCCAUUAUGGUGCAAGAAAAAUUGUUAUGUUUAAUGAAAGCUGUAUACUUAAUUUGACUCUAAAAUAUUUCAGAAUAUGCAUUAACGAACGUAUAAAUAUUGUAUGUCGCAUCGGAUUGUUUCAUAUAAAAUUUGCAUAAGCGACUGUUUUCAUUAGUAUUUAAAAAAGGAACGGAUCUAAGACGACAGGUGUUACACUGUUCAACUUUCUGUGUGUUUUGUUUCUGGCUUCCAAGCGUGAUGGAUAUGAGGCUGCACCAAAGGUUACCGGUAUAUAGAGUUAAUGUUGGAUCCUGAUUCGACUUGCUCUCAGUUUUGUGUUCAUUGCUACAAUGUCAAAGAUGGCAAACAACAGUCUGAAUCCGUUCCUGUAAUACUUCUAUGCAAGUUCUGCAAAGUAAUGCACUAUGUACAUGUAUAUUGCCAGUUUCAUUACAGUUGUUAUUACGACCGCAGGCAUGGGUAUCCGACUCGAUGCUUAUUUAUGGUCAUUACCAGGCCAAAACUGAGAGGCUGGAGUAACUCUAGAAGACAUGUACAAUUCUCCUGGGGGUGUUCCAGACGAUUUAUCGAUAUCAUCAAAUCGGACGGCCAUUAUUCUGGGGAGCGUAGUUCACGAACCCUUGUAGUAAAAGAUUCAGGUUAUCCAUGCCUGUGGGCAGAUCUGGAACACCGAAGUGCAUGAAUGCAUGCGCACAAAUCUCACCUUCAAAGUUUGAAUUUUGUUGAUUGACCACAAAGGAAUAAGAACUGAUUCCUUGGUUAUAACGGUGAAAACGAUGCCGUCGCAAUUUGCACUAAAGUUGUUCGGUUUAUAUUUGUUUCGACAAAAGAACACAAAAAGAUGCCGUGCUUGAUUUUAAAUUCGUUCAUGUACAACUAGAUAUGGUUCAGUAUUAUAGAAACUGCAACUUUAUUUUAUAAAUAAUUACAAAUUCAAGCUUUUGCCUGCUUUUUCAAAUAUUUACUUUGAACAAAGUCUGUGUUGAUAUAUCACCAAUUCCGAUCUUUUGUUAUAUUUGAAAGUGAUUUAUUUUGCACAAGAUAUUAAAACCGUUUUGCCUUAGA